AUGGCGACGGCUAUGCAGUCGGCAGUGCGUCUGCCUUCGCCCGAGGCCGCCGACGGCCAGUCGCAUGCUUCUGGUCGAAAACGUUCACCAUCCUCGCGUUCCCCAUCACCUGAACGACGCCCUCCGACUCUGCGCACACGCUCUGUCGACCCCGAUGCGAAUCAUGCCCCUUCGCCAGCACGCCAUCGCUCACGCUCGCGCUCGCGCUCACCGCUGCCUCAUCGCAGUGGCCCUCUACCUCGCGAUGUCGACCGUCAGAGAGCACUCGAGCGCCAAAGACAGGCCGAGACGCGCCGCCGCGAAGAAGUCCAAGAAGACAAGCCUCUUACAGCUGCCGAGAAGCAGGCUGCUGCAAAGGCUGAAUAUGAGCGCCUGCUCACCAUGCGCUCGGGAGGAACAUACGUACCGCCAGCCAGGUUGCGCGCUCUACAGGCUGAAAUCGGAAAUGAUCCAUCUUCGAAAGAAUUCCAGCGCAUGGCUUGGGAGGCCCUCAAGAAGUCUAUCAACGGUUUGAUCAACAAGGUCAACGUCUCCAACAUCAAAUACAUUGUCCCCGAGUUGUUUGGCGAGAAUCUUAUCCGUGGCCGUGGCCUUUUCUGUCGAAGCAUCAUGAAGGCUCAGGCUGCCAGUUUGCCAUUUACCCCGAUCUAUGCUGCCAUGGUCGCUAUUGUCAACACAAAGCUUCCUCAAGUUGGCGAGUUGCUGGUCAACCGCCUGAUCGUGCAGUUCCGUAAGGCCUUCAAGCGCAACGACAAGGCUGUCUGCUUGAGCAGCACAACUUUCCUAGCCCACCUAAUCAAUCAGCAGGUUGCUCACGAGAUGCUUGCCGCCCAGAUUCUGCUGCUUCUGCUAAACAAGCCUACUGACGACAGCGUUGAAAUUGCAGUGGGUUUGAUGAGAGAGGUUGGUCAGCACAUCGAAGAAUUCAACUCACAAAUCGCCAUGGCCGUCUACGACCAAUUCCGCAGUAUCUUGCACGAAGCCGACAUCGACAAGCGCACACAGUACAUGGUCGAAGUCCUGUUCCAAGUCAGGAAGGACCGCUACAAGGACAAUCCAUCGGUCAAGGAAGAGCUGGAUCUUGUAGAAGAGGAGGAUCAGAUUACUCACAAUACUGGCUUGGACGAUCAGAUUGAGGUGCAAGAUGGCCUCAACGUCUUCAAAUUUGAUGCGGAUUGGGAAGCCAACGAAGAGGCUUAUAAAAAGCUCAGGGCUGAAAUCCUCGGCGAGGCCGACGGAAGUGAUGAAGAUGAUGAGGACGAAUCAGAUGUCAGCAGCAGCGAGGACGAAGACGAUGAAGCGGACAAGCAGGUCGAGAUCAAGGAUCAAUCCAAUACCGAUCUGGUCAACUUGCGCCGUACAAUCUACCUCACCAUCAUGUCUUCUGGCGGCUUCGAGGAAUGUACUCACAAGUUGCUGCGUAUCAACUUGCCGCCCGGACUGGAGCACGAACUACCCUCGAUGAUCGUCGAAUGUUGCUCCCAGGAACGCACAUAUAACAAAUUCUUUGGCUUGAUUGGUGAGCGUCUCUGCAAAAUCAACCGCAUGUGGAACGAGCUCUUUGAGGCCUCUUUCGUAAAGUACUACGACACGAUCCACCGUUUGGAAACCAACCGCCUUCGCAUCGUCGCCCAGUUCUUCGGCCACCUCCUUUCUUCUGAUGCUAUUGGCUGGCAUGUCAUUAGUGCCAUCCAUUUGAACGAAGACGAGACCACGUCAUCUUCGCGUAUCUUCAUCAAGAUCUUGAUCGAGGAGCUGGCUCAGAACAUUGGAAUGAAGAAGUUGUCAGAGAGAAUGAAGGACGAUGCUCUCCAGCCUGCACUGGCCGGUAUAUUCCCCAUCGACAACCCUCGCAACACUCGCUUCAGCAUCAACUUCUUCACUGCCAUCGGUAUGGGUGUGUUGACCGAGGGUAUGAGAGAAUAUCUCAAGAAUAUGCCCAAGCCAACACUUCCUGCUUUACCUGUUAGAGCUGCCAGUCGAAGCAACAGGGCCGAGCACGCAGCUACUCACGUUCGGCAACACCGCCAAGACGCUCGGUUCGGGACAGAUCCUAUUCGUACUCAAGGUCGCCAUCUCGAUCGAGGUCUCCUCGUCCAAGACGCCGAUCCCCCUCUGCUUCUGUCUCGCGUUCGAGAACUCCUGAGCGCAGACGAAGAUAUACAUCCUCCAUCUCCCGCUCCCGUUCUCGUUCGCCACCUUCGAGACGUGGCAAGGCUCGUCAAGAUUCUCGUUCGCCAUCAUAUUCUCGCUCGCGUUCGCCUCCUACCAAAGGAGCUGCGAGAAGACGAAGCUACUCCGCCUCCCGCUCACCUCCUCCCCGUAGAGCUUCGGCACGAGACAGAAGCUAUUCCCGCUCGCUAA